UUGUCCUUCAUCACUACGCCGGGGAAAGUAGGGUACGUACCGUAUCUACUGUACUACCGUAGUAGUACCAUUGAUCUACUACUCCGUAGUAGGUUCUACCUCUGGGUCUCGGAAGAAGUGCCGGAUGGAAAAUUUCCCUUCUUGGGACCGAUUCCUAUCCCGGGUUUACCCGUAUUCCCUGCCUGUGCUUUCUUGGGAGCUUCAAGGCUCCAAGGCUCCAAGGCUCGAAUCUCCAAGCUCCUGGAAAGCUUACCUAAAAUCCCUCCCAAAUCACCGACCUCCCAGAAGCACCGACAGAAUCACGGCGCCGAACCUGCUAGACGGAUUUAGGCACACCUUAUACCCCUUCUUCCCUUCUUCCCCCCUUGAUCCCGGAUUUUACUCUUCUUAGUCUCGAUCUUUCUUUAUUUCCCUUGUGACCAUGCAUGAGCUUCUGCUCUUCGCCUCGGUCCCAGCCCAUCAGCACCAUGAGCUCCUCCAACAGCUGGCCGGCUUAACAGCCAUGCAACCGCGUCACCGCCUGGAGAGACGGCUGGUCUUCAAGGCCUAUCGCAAGCCAGGCCUUGUCACCACCCGGGUGGGAGCCAGUCAGGAUGUGCAGGGCGCCGACCUGCAACGUUUGAACAAGAUGUUGAAUGGGGGCAUGUACUACACCCAGGUCGUUGGCCCUGUGACCAAGGCGGAUUUUGGCGCGACCUCUUUGUCGGCCAUGUCAGCCUCCCAUGAUGCAGAUGUGUCUAUGUCUGGAACCGACCAGUCCUCCUACUGCUACGAGAACCAACCCUGGAAGCUGGAGUUCAGAGACAUUCCCGAGGCUGGUACUCGAUCGGCUGUGACCACUCGCUUGAUGGCAAGUGCAAGCUUGCCUAAAGGUGAUAUUGCAGUUCCCAUGAAUGCCUGGGGCUAUAGUUUUGUUACCGAGUACAUGGUAGAAGGAGAUGUCUUCGUCCAAAAUGAUAUCGUCAUCUUCCUCCAUCGCGUCUUGCUGUAUCCCCAGGCGGAGUCGCAGGAUUUACAUGGCCCUCGACGGCAGCUACCUGCUUAUCACGAGCUCACUCCGCUCGAGCGAACGGGUAGUUACGUCCUGCAAGCCGCAAUUACUGUCCAGGACGGAAGCAACCAGGAAAUGAUGAAGACGGCUUCUCAGCAUCUGUUCGGGCUUCGAGAGCAACUCAAGUCCGCUGUACGGCUCGAACAAGCGGAUAGGCUGUCUCUGGAUACCCGAGCGAAGUAA